AUGGAAAUAAUAAACGAUAUAACACAAAAUUUAUCAUCUUUACAAACAUUUCAUAGAGAUUCAACAUCAGAGCAAGAACAGCAGGAUGUGACUCUCUCGGUACAACAUGAUCAAGUAACAUUGACUAUGAAAGAAAAACAAGAGAAAAAACCAAUUUCAUUUCCAUUUGGAAAAUGUCGAAUAUGUCAUGAUAGAGCUACUGGAGUUCACUAUGGUGUUAUUACAUGUGAAGGAUGUAAAGGCUUUUUCAAAAGAAGUAUAACGCAAGGUAUACCAUAUGAAUGUUAUUUUGGUAAUAAAUGUAUAAUUAAUAUUGAAACACGUAAUCGAUGUAAAGCAUGUCGAUUUAAACGAUGUGUUGAACAUGGUAUGGCAAUGGAAAGUGUUAAAAUGGGUCGAAUACCAAAAAAAGUUAAAGAAAAAGCAUUAAGAAAUUAUCAUAAACAACAACAAAAUCAUCAAAUUGAUCAAUUAUAUUUUAAAGAAGAAUCUGUUAAUUGUAAAAUAGAUAAUCAUAAAUUAUUAAAUGUAAAAAGUGAAUCAGCAUCAUCAUCAUCAGAUUCUUCGAGUAUGGAUCUAUGUCAAUCAACUGAUUCUAGUCCAGAUUUCAUUAUUUUACCUCAACAAAUAUUAAAUUAUUCCGAACAAUCAAUUCGAAUUGCAGAUGUAAUUGAAUUAACUAUAUCAUCAUCUAAUCUUCAUAUUGAUAAUUUUAAUAAUAGUUUAUCCACACUUCGUUUACCAUCGAUUUUUUAUGAAUCUUGUUCAAUAUCAGACACAAGAUCGAAUACUUUAAUGAAAUCAAAUGAAAAGUUUCUGUCAAUGAAUGAUAAGAAUAUAAUGACUGUAUCAAAAUAUAUAUUAAAAAUAAAUGAAAAUACUUUAAUAACUUAUAUGUUUAAUUAUGAAGUACGUUAUUCAAAAAAUAUUCUUCAAAUUAUGAAAUAUCUUUCACAAAAACUUUGUCAACCAUUUCUUAUUUAUGAACUUGAUUUUGAAGUUACAUCAUUUUUUCGUUAUAUACGUUGGAAAAUGCUGAAUUUUUAUUUAAAACAUACGAAAAUAUUACAAGUGCAUGUCGAAAGAAUGUUUGGUAUUAUUAAUCUCGGUAUAACAGAAUAUCCCGGUAUUCAUGCAACAUCAAAACAAAUGUGGAAAGAUGUACAUGCUAGUAUAUCACAAGAUGUUAAUAAAUUACUUGAUUUUGCUAAAAAUACACCUGGUUUGAAUGAAUUAAAUGUAGAUGAUUUGUCUCGCAUUUUAAAUAAUCGAAUAUUCGAGUUUUGGAUAAUGUAUCAUUAUCCAUUAUUUUAUCAGAAUGAAUCUUAUAUAAUGACAAUAAAUGGUUUACAUUAUACUCGUUUUUUUAUGAGUCAAUUUAUUGGAAAAAAGACAACAGAUGCUUUACAUGAAUGUUCUCAACGUCUUCAUUCAUUAAAUAUAACACAAGUUGAACAUAGUCUAAUUAUUCCUAUAGUUCUUUGUUUACCAGAUGAAAAUUUAAUUGAUUCCGAAAGUGUACAUAUUAUUAAAUAUUGUUAUAUGUAUGCACUUUAUAUUCAAUUAUGUAUAACACGUACUGAAGAUGAAGCAAAAUCAAUAUUUGAUCAAAUCCUUCAGAUUAUCGAUUCACUUGCCACUGUUAGUCAAUUAUGUAAAGAAAAUAUUGGAGAACUUAUAUUUGAGGAAACAGAAUCUCAGGAAUGA